AUGUUCUCUGCCAGCGAUCUGUUCCUCUCUGCUCGAUCGAGCUUGGCCGAGCAGCUCUUCUCCGGCACGGCGUAUGGGAUCGCGCAUGCUUCGCAAGCGCCAGCGGAUCUCGGACAAGUUUGGAGGAACGGCACCUUGCUGGCCUUGCUGCUCGAUCCUCCCUUGCCUCCGCUCUUGGCUCCACUCCCCGGUCUCUGCAGGCUCACCGCUGCCCUCAUCCUAGCUCCCAUUGCCGUCAUUGGCAUGCUCGACUUUGCAUGGUAUGCCGUCUUUCGAACGCUUGGUGAGUCGUGUGCGGAUAGCGAGGCACGACAGAUGUUCAGCCUGCUCGUGUAUGCGUGCGGAUAGUGUUGGCAAGGCCAUGCUCAUCCUUCCCAUAUCCCCCCCUCUCGCGCCCCCACAGGCCUGACUAGACGACGAGUGCGCGUCGCGCAACACCAGACGAGACCUGGCAGCAUCUCUUUACCUCCUCGACAGCCCGAAGGGGUACCUUUUCCAGGCGCUCAUGCACACGCGAGCGCAUCACCAGGUCAGACCAAGGCACCCCUAUUGACUCCUGGGACGUACGAUGCUGAAGCGCUGCUGCGACAUCGAGCACGCAGCGCAUCUGCAGCCAGCGCGGAUGCGGAAGAGGAAUGGGUGCGAACGGGAGGAAGCUUUGCGAGGGUGUCGUCGGUGAGAGCAGCUGCUGCCGCCGCCGCCGCUGCCGCUGCUGCUGCUGCUACUGCUCAGGAUGCUGCUAGCUUGAACCAUGCCAAACGUGGGGCGGGAGGAGGAGCAGGAGGAGGGGAGAGGUUGAGCGGUGGGAGCGGGGCUUCGACGCCUUCGCUGGAUGCUUCAGCCAUCAGUCCGCCCUUGUCUCCCAGCUAUCUGCGCUCCUACUUGGCAGGCCGAGCAAAUGGCGUGGGCGUAGAGGGAGCUAUGGGCUACUUUGAUACGGAUGCGGAAGAGAGCGGAACGGAGGCUGGGACGCCGGGUGGUAGCGGACGCAGUUCGCCGGUGAAUACGUUUGGACGCGCUACGGGCGUCAAGGCGAGGAGAGCAGGCAGCGGGUUCGGAGGAGGUGCGCUCGGUUUCACACCCGUCAGCCCGGCUUGGAAGAAUGAACAGACGCUGCUCGGCGCCGGCGCGUUGGAGAAUCAGGCUGCUGCUGGGCAGAGUCCAGCGGCGACGGCAGCGGCGCUCAGAGCGGCUGCUGAAGCCGAGGCUGCCAUCGCUGCUGCCGCCGAUUUGGACAUUUCCCCCACGCAGCGUUAG